AUGCAAGCUCUUAGACCAGGCAGGCAAACUCGAGGACCAAGCACGCUCCUGGACGUGGACGUGGACGUGGACGUGUACGUGGACGUGGACAUGGACGUGGACGUGGACGUGGACGUGGACCUGGACGUGGACGUGGACGUGGACGUAGACGUGGAGGACCUGGACGUGGACGUGGAUGUGGACGUGGACGUGGACUUGGACGUGGACAUGGAUGUGGACGUGGACGUGGACGUGGACGUGGACGUUGACGUGGACGUGGACGUGGACGUGGACAUGGACGUCGACGUGGUCGUGGACAUGGACGUGGACGUGGACGUGGACGUGGACGUGGACAAGGAAGUGGACCUGGACGUGGACGUGGACGUGGACGUGGACGUUGACGUGGACAUGCACGUGGAUGUGGACGUGGAUGUGGACGUGGACGUGUACGUGGACGUGGACAUGGACGUGGACGUGUACGUGGACGUAGACGUGGACGUGGACGUGGACGUGGAGGACUUGGACGUGGACAUGGACGUGGAGGUGGACGUGGACAUGGACGUGGACGUCGACGUUGACGUGGACGUGGACGUGGACGUUGACGUGGACAUGGAAGUGGACGUGGACAUGGACGUCCACGUGGUCGUGGACAUGGACGUGGACGUGGACGUGGACGUGGACGUGGACAGGGAAGUGGACCUGGACGUGGACGUGGACGUGGACGUGGACGUGGACGUUGACUUGGACAUGGACGUGGACGUGGACGUGGACGUGGACGUAAACGUGGACGUGGACGUGGACGUAGACGUGGACAUGGACGUGGACAUGGACAUGGACGUGGACGUGGAUGUGGACGUGGACGUGGACGUGGACAUGGACCUGGACGUGGACGUGGACGUGGACGUGGACGUGGACGUGGACAUGGACGUGGACCUGGACGUGGACCUGGACGUUGACGUGGACAUGGACGUGGACAUGGACGUGGACGUGGACGUGGCCGUGGACAUUGUCGUGGACGUGGACGUGGUCGUGCACGUGGUCGUGGACAUGGACGUGGACGUGGACGUGGACAUGGACGUGGACGUGGACGUGGACAUGGACGUGGACGUGGAGGACAUGGACGUGGACAUGGACGUGGACGUGGACGUGGACGUGGACAUGGACGUGGACGUGGACGUGGACGUGGACAUGGACCUGGACAUGGACGUGGACGUGGACAUGGAUGUGGACGUAGACGUGGACGUGGACAUGGACGUGGACAUGGACGUGGACGUGUACGUGGACGUAGACGUGGACAUGGACAUGGACGUGGACGUGUACGUGUACGUGGACGUGGACGUGAACUUAGACGUGGAGGACUUGGACGUGGACGUGGAGGUGGACGUGGAGGUGGACGUGGACAUGGACGUCGACGUGGUCGUGGACAUGGACGUGGACGUGGACAUGGAGGUGGAGGACUUGGACGUGGACAUGGACAUGGACGUGGAUGUGGACGUGGACGUGGACGUUGACGUGGACGUUGACGUGGACGUGGACGUGGACGUGGACUUGGACGUGGACGUGGACGUGGACUUGGACGUGGACAUGGACGUGGACAUGGACGUGGACGUGGACGUGGACGUGGACAUGGACGUGGACAUGGACGUGGACGUGGACGUGGACGUAGACGUGGACAUGGACGUGGACGUGGACGUGUACGUGGACGUGGACGUGGACGUGGACUUAGACGUGGAGGACUUGGAUGUGGACGUGGAGGUGGACGUGGAGGUGGACGUGGACAUGGACGUCGACGUGCUCGUGGACAUGGACGUGGACGUGGACGUGGAGGUGGAGGACUUGGACGUGGACAUGGACAUGGACGUGGACGUGGACGUGGACGUGGACGUUGACGUUGACGUGGACGUGGACGUGGACGUGGACGUGGACGUGGACGUGGACAUGGACGUGGACGUGGACGUGGAGGACAUGGACGUGGACAUGGACGUGGACGUAGACGUGGACGUGGACGUGGACAUGGACAUGGACGUGGACAUGGACGUGGACGUGGACGUGGACAUGGACAUGGAGAUGGACGUGGACGUGGACGUGGACAUGAACGUGGACGUGGACAUGGACGUGGACAUGGACGUGGACAUGGACGUGGACAUGGACGUGGACGUGGACGUGGACGUGGACAUGGACGUGGACGUGGACGUGGACGUGGACAUGGACGUGGACGUGGACGUGGACGUGGAUGUGGACAUGGACGUGGACGUGGACGUGGACAUGGACGUGGACGACUUGGACGUGGACAUGGACGUGGACGUGGACGUGAACGUGGACGUGGACGUGGAGGUGGACGUGGACAUGGACGUGGACGUGGACGUGGACGUGGACGUGGACAUGGACAGGGACAUGGACGUGGACGUGGACAUGGACGUCAACGUGGUCGUGGACAUGGACGUGGAUGUGGACGUGGACGUGGACGUGGAGGACUUGGACGUGGACAUGGACGUGGAUGUGGACGUGGACAUGGACAUGGACGUGGACGUGGACGUGGACGUUGACGUGGACAUGGACGUGGACGUGGACGUGGACGUGGACAUGGACGUGGACGUGGACGUGGACGUGGAUAGGGACGUGGACCUGGACGUGGACGUGGACAUGGAUGUGGACAUGGAUGUGGACGUGGACAUGGACGUGGACAUGGAGGUGGACGUGGACAUGGACGUGGACGUGGACGUGGACGUGGACGUGGACGUGGACGUAGACAUGGACAUGGACGUGGACGUGGACGUGGACGUGGACGUAGACAUGGAUGUGGACGUCUACGUGAACGUGGACGUGGACGUGGACGUAGACGUGGAGGACUUGGACGUGGACGUGGACGUGGACGUGGACGUGGACUUGGACGUCGAGGUGGACGUGGACGUGGACGUGGACGUGGAGGUGGACGUGGACGUGGACGUGGACGUGGACGUGGACGUGGACGUGGACAUGGAUGUGGUCGUGGACGUGGACGUGGACAUGGACGUGGACGUGGACGUGGACGUGGACGUGGUCGUGGACGUGGACGUGGACGUGGACGUGGACGUGGACAUGGAAGUGGACCUGGACGUGGACGUGGACAUGGAAGUGGACCUGGACGUGGACAUGGACGUGGACGUGGACGUGGACGUGGAGGACAUGGACGUGGACGUGGACGUGGACGUGGACGUGAACGUGGACGUGGACGUGGACGUGGACAUGGACGUGGACGUGGACGUAGACAUGGACGUGGACGUGGACGUGGACGUGGACGUGGACUUGGACAUGAACGUGGACGUGGACGUGGACGUGGACGUGGACGUGGACCUGGACGUGGACGUGGACGUGGAUGUGGAAGUGGACGUGGACGUAGACGUGGACCUGGACGUGGACGUGGACAUUGUCGUGGACGUGGACGUGGACGUAGACGUGGACGUGGUCUUGGACGUGGACGUGGACGUGGACGUGGACGUGGACGUGGACGUGGUCUUGGACGUGGACGUGGACGUGGACGUGGACGUGGUCGUGGACGUGGACGUGGACGUGGACGUGGACAUGGACGUGGACGUGGACGUAGACGUGGACGUGGACAUGGACAUGGACAUGGACGUGGACGUGGACGUGGACGUGGACGUGGACGUGGACAUUGUCGUGGACGUGGACGAAGACGUGGACGUGGUCGUGGACGUGGACGUGGACGUCGACGUGGACGUGGACAUUGUCGUGGACAUGGACGUCGACGUGGACGUGGACAUGGAGGACAUGGACGUGGACAUGGACUUGGACGUAGACGUGGACUUGGACGUGGACAUGGACAUGGACGUGGACGUGGACGUGGACGUGGACGUGGACGUGGAGAUGGACGUGGACGUGGACGUGGACGUGGACAUACGUGGACGUGGACGUGGUUGGGACGUGGACGUGGACAUGGACAUGGACGUGGACGUGGACGUGGACCUGGAUCUGGACCUGGACCUGGACGUGGACCUGGACGUGGACGUGGACGUGGACGUGGACGUGGACAUGGACGUGGACGUGGACGUAGACGUGGACAUUGUCGUGGACGUGGACAUUGUCAUGGACGUGGACGUGGACUUGGACGUGGACGUGGUCUUGGACGUGGACGUGGAUGUGGACGUGGACGUGGUCGAGGACGUGGACGUGGACGUGGACGUGGACGUGGACAUGGACGUGGACAUGGACGUGGACGUGGACGUGGACGUGGACGUGGACGUGGACGUGGACAUGGACGUGGACAUGGACGUGGACAUGGACGUGGACGUGGACGUAGACGUGGACAUUGUCGUGGACCUGGACAUUGUCGUGGACGUGGACGUGGACAUGGACGUGGUCAUGGACGUGGACGUGGACGUGGACGUGGACGUGGACGUGGACAUGGACGUGGACGUGGACGUGGAGGACAUGGACGUGGACAUGGACGUGGACGUAGACGUGGACGUGGACGUGGACAUGGACAUGGAGAUGGACGUGGACGUGGACGUGGAUAUGAACGUGGACGUGGAGAUGGACGUGGACGUGGACGUGGAUAUGAACGUGGACGUGGACGUGGACGUGGACAUGGACGUGGACAUGGACGUGGACAUGGACGUGGACGUGGACGUGGACAUGGACGUGGACGUGGACGUGGACGACUUGGACGUGGACAUGGACGUGGACGUGGACGUGGACGUGGACGUGGAGGUGGACGUGGACCUGGACGUGGACGUAGACGUGGACGUGGACGUGGACAUGGACGUCGACGUGGACGUGGAUAUGGACGUGGACGUGGACGUGGACGUGGACGUGGACGUGGACGUGGACGUGGAGGACUUGAACGUGGACAUGGACAUGGACGUGGACGUGGACAUGGAGGACUUGAACGUGGACAUGGACAUGGACAUGGACGUGGACGUGGACGUGGACGUGGACGUGGACAUGGACGUGGACGUGGACGUGUACGUGGACGUGGACGUGGACGUGGACGUGGACGUAGACGUGGAGGACUUGGACGUGGACGUGGACGUGGACGUGGACGUGGAGGUGGACGUGGACGUGGACGUGGACGUGGACAUGGACGUGGACGUGGACGUGGACGUGGACGAGGACGUGGACAUGGACGUGGACGUGGACGUGGACGUGGACAUUGUCGUGGACGUGGACGUGGACGUGGACGUAUACGAGGUCAUGGACGUGGACGUAGACGUCGACAUGGACGUUGACGUGGACGUGGACAUGGAUGUGGACGUGGACAUGGACGUGGACGUGGACAUGGACGUGGACGUGGACAUGGACGUGGACGUGGACAUGGACGUGGACAUGGACGUGGACGUGGACGUGGACGUGGACGUGGACAUGGACGUGGACGUGGACGUGGACAUGGAUGUGGACGUGGACGUGGACGUGGACGUGGUGAUGGACGUGGACGUGGAUGUGGACGUGGUCGUGGACGUGGACGUGGACGUGGACGUGGACAUGGACGUGGACGUGGACGUGGACAUGGACGUGGACGUGGACGUGGACUUGGACGUGGACGUGGACGUGGUCGUGGACGUGGACGUGGACGUGGACGUGGACGUGGACGUGGACAUGGAAAUGGACGUGGACGUGGACGUGGACGUGGACAUGGACGUGGAGAUGGACGUGGACGUGGACGUGGACGUGGACAUGAACGUGGACGUGGACGUGGACGUGGACAUGGACGUGGACAUGGACGUGGACAUGGACGUGGACGUGGACGUGGACGUGGACAUGGACGUGGACGUGGACGUAGACGUGGACGACUUGGACGUGGACAUGGACGUGGACGUGGACGUGGAUGUGGACGUGGACGUGGACAUGGACGUGGACGUGGACGUGGACGUGGACAUGGACAUCGACGUGGUCGUGGACGUGGACGUGGAUGUGGACGUGGACGUGGACGUGGACGUGGAGGACUUGGACGUGGACAUGGACAUGGACGUGGACGUGGACGUGGACAUGGACGUUGACGUGGACAUGGACGUGGACGUGGACGUGGACGUGGACAUGGACGUGGACGUGGACGUGGACGUGGAUAGGGAAGUGGACCUGGACGUGGACGUGGACAUGGACGUGGACAUGGAUGAGGACAUGGACAUGGACGUCGACAUGAAUGACGUGGACGUCGACGUGGACGUGGACGUGGACAUGGACGUGGACGUGUACGUGGACGUGGACGUGGACGUAGACGUGGAGGAAUUGGACGUGGAGGACUUGGACGUGGACGUGGACGUGGACGUGGACGUGGACGUGGACAGGGAAGUGGACGUGGACGUGGACGUGGACGUGGACGUGGUCAUGGAUGUGAACGUGGACGUGGACGUGGACGUGGACGUGGACGUGGACAUGGACUUGGACGUAGACGUGGACAUAGACGUGGACGUGGACGUGGACGUGGACUUGGACUUGGACGUGGACGUGGACAUGGACGUGGACGUGGACGUGGACAUGGACGUGGACGUGGACGUGGACGUGGACAUGGACAUGGACGUGGAGAUGGACGUGGACAUGGACGUGGACGUGGAGAUGGACGUGGACGUGGACGUGGACGUGGAGAUGGACGUGGACGUGGACGUGGACGUGGAGAUGGACGUGGACGUGGACGUGGACGUGGACGUGGACAUGGACGUGGACGUGGACGUGGACGUGGACAUGGACGUGAACGUGGACAUAGACGUGGACGUGGACGUGGACAUGGACGUGGACGUGGACGUGGACGUGGACGUGGACAUGGACGUGGACGUGGACGUGGACAUGGAUGUCGACGUGGUCGUGGACAUGGACGUGGACGUGGACGUGGACGUGGACGUGGAUGUGGACGUGGAGGACUUGGACGUGGACAUGGACAUGGACGUGGACGUGGACUUGGACAUGGACUUGGACGUUGACAUGGACAUGGACGUGGACGUGGACGUGGACAUGGACGUGGACGUGGACGUGGACGUGGAUAGGGAAGUGGACCUGGACGUGGAUGUGGACAUGGACGUGGACAUGGAUGUGGACGUGGACAUGGACGUGGACAUGGAUGUGGACGUGGACGUGGACGUGGACAUGGACGUGGACGUGGACAUGGACGUGGAUGUGGACAUGGACAUGGACAUGGACGUGGACGUGGACGUGGACGUGGACGUGGACCUUCUCGUGGACGUUGACGUGGACGUGGACGUGGUCGUGGACGUGGACGUGGACGUGGACGUAAAUGUGGACGACGUGGACGUAGACGUGGACGUGGACGUGGACGUGGACGUGGAGAUGGACGUGGACGUGGACGUGGACGUGGACGUGGACGUCGACGUGGACGUGGACGUGGACGUGGAGAUGGACGUGGACUUGGACGUGGACGUGGACGUGGAUAGGGAAGUGGACCUGGACGUGGACGUGGACAUGGACGUGGACAUGGACGUGGACGUGGACAUGGACGUGGACAUGGAUGUGGACGUGGACGUAGACGUGGACGUGGACAUGGACGUGGACGUGGACGUGGAAGACUUGGACGUGGACAUGGACGUGGACGUGGACGUGGACGUCGACGUGGAGGUGGACGUGGACCAUGGACAUGGACAUGGACAUGGAGGACUUGAACGUGGACUGGACGUGGACGUGGACGUGGACGUGAACGUAGACAUGGACGUGGACGUGGACGUGGACGUGGACGUGGACAUGGACAUGGACGUGGACGUGGACAUGGACGUGGACGUGGACGUCGAAGUGUACGUGGACAUGGAGGUGGACGUGGACGUGGACAUGGACGUGGACGUGGACGUGGACGUGGAGGUGGACGUGGACGUGGACAUGGACGUGGACGUGGACGUGGACGUGGACAUUGUCGUGGACGUCAACGUGGACAUGGACGUGGACGUGGUCGUGGACGUGGACAUGGACGUAGACGUGGACAUGGAGGUGGACGAGGACGUGGACGUGGACGUGGACGUGGACGUGGACAUGGAUGUGGACGUGGACGUGGACAUGGACGUGAACGUGGACGUGGACGUGGACGUGGACGUGGACCUGGACGUGGACGUGGACGUGGUUGUGGACGUAGACGUGGUCAUGGACGUGGACGUGGACAUGGACGUGGACGUGGACUUGGACGUGGACGUGGACGUGGACGUGGUUGUGGACGUGGACGUGGACAUGGACGACGUGGACGUGGACAUGGACCUGGACGUGGACGUGGACGUGGACGUGGACGUGGCCAUGGACGUGGACGUGGACGUGGACAUGGACGUGGACGUGGACGUGGACGUGGACAUGGACGUGGACGUGGACGUGGACGUGGACAUGGAGGUGGACGUGGACGUGGACAUGGACGUAGACGUGGACAUGGACGUGGACGUGGACGUGGACGUGGAGGUGGAAGUGGACGUGGACAUGGACGUGGACGUGGACAAGGACAUUGUCGUGGACGUCGACGUGGACGUGGACGUGGACGUGGUCGUGGACGUGGAUGUGGACAUGGACGUGGACAUGGAUGUGGACGUGGACAUGGACGUGGACAUGGAUGUGGACGUGGACGUGGACGUGGACGUGGACAUGGACGUGGACGUGGACAUGGACAUGGAUGUGGACAUGGACAUGGACAUGGACGUGGACGUGGACGUGGACGUGGACGUGGACGUGGACGUGGACCUUCUCGUGGACGUGGACGUGGACGUGGACGUGGACGUGGUCGUGGACGUGGACGUGGACGUGGACGUGGACGUAAACGUGUACGUGGACGUGGAGAUGGACGUGGACAUGGAUGUGUACGUGGACAUGGACGUGGACAUGGAUGUGGACGUGGACGUGGACGUGGACGUGGACAUGGACGUGGACGUGGACGUGGACGUGGAUGUGGACAUGGACAUGGACAUUGACGUGGACGUGGACGUGGACGUGGACCUUCUCGUGGACGUGGACGUGGACGUGGACGUGGUCGUGGACGUGGACGUGGACGAGGACGUGGACGUAAACGUGGACGACGUGGACGUGGACGUGGACGUGGACGUGGACGUGGAGAUGGACGUGGAUGUGGACGUGGACGUGGACGUGGACGUGGACGUCGACGUGGACGUGGCCGUGGACGUGGAGAUGGACUUGGACUUGGACGUGGACGUGGACGUGGACGUGGAUAGGGAAGUGGACCUGGACGUGGACGUGGACAUGGACGUGGACAUGGACGUGGACGUGGACAUGGACGUGGACAUGGAUGUGGACGUGGACGCAAACGUGGACGUGGACAUGGACGUGGACGUGGACGUGGAAGACUUGGACGCGGACAUGGACGUGGACGUGGACGUGGAUGUCGACGUGGAGGUGGACGUGGACCAUGGACAUGGACAUGGACACGUGGACGUGGACGUGGACGUCGACGUGGACGUAGACGUGGAGGACUUGGACGUGGACGUGGACGUCGACGUGGACGUGGACGUGGGCGUGGACGUGGACGUGGAGGUGGAGGUGGACGUGGACGUGGACGUGGACGAGGAGGUGGACGUGGACGUGGACGUGGACGUGGACAUGGACGUGGACGUGGACGUGAUCGUGGACGUGGACGAGGACGUGGUCGUGGACGUGGACGUGGACAUGGACGUGGACGUGGACGUGGAUGUGGACAUGGUCAUGGACCUGGACGUGGACGUGGACGUGGAGGUGGACGUGGACAUGAACGUGGACGUGGACGUGGACGUGGACGUGGACGUGGACGACGUGGACCUGGACGUGGACGUGGACGUGGAUGUGGACGUGGACGUGGACGUGGAGAUGGACGUGGACGUGGACGUGGACGUGGACAUGGACGUGGACGUGGACGUGGACGUGGACGUGGACGUGGACAUGGACGUGGACGUGGACGUGGACAUGGACGUGAACGUGGACAUAGACGUGGACGUCGACGUGGACGUGGACAUGGACGUGGACGUGGACGUGGACGUGGACGACUUGGACGUGGACAUGGACGUGGACGUGGACGUGGACGUGGACAUGGACGUGGACAUGGACGUGGACGUGGACGUGGACGUGAACGUGGACGUGGACAUGGACGUGGAGGUGGACGUGGAUGUGGACGUGGAAGUGGACGUGGAUGUGGACGUGGACGUGGACAUAGACGUGGACGUGGACGUGGACGUUGACGUGGACGUGGACAUGGACAUGGACGUGGACAUGGACGUGGACGUGGAUGUGGACAUGGACGUGGACGUAGACGUGGACGUGGACGUGGACACGGACGUGGACGAGGACGUGGACGUGGACGUGGACAUGGACGUGGACACGGAUGUGGACGAGGACAUGGACGUGGACGUGGACGUGGACGUGGACGUGGACAUGGACGUGGACAUGGAUGACGUGGACGUCGACGUGGACAUGGACGUGGACAUGGAUGUGGACGAGGACAUGGACGUGGACGAGGACGUGGACGUGGACGUGGACAUGGACGUGGACAUGGAUGUGGACGAGGACAUGGACGUGGACGAAGACGUGGACGUGGACGUGGACUUGGACGUGGACAUGGACGUGGACGUGAACUUGGACGUGGACAUGGACAUGGACGAGGACAUGGACGUGGACGUGGACGUGGACAUGGACGUGGACAUGGAGGUGGACGUGGACAUGGACGUGGACGUGGACGUGGACGUGGACGUGGACGUGGACGUGGACGUGGACGUGGACAUUGACGUGGACGUGGACGUGGACGUGGACGUGGACGUGGACAGGGACGUGGACGUGGACGUGGACGUGGACGUGGACGUGGACGUGGACGUGGAGGUGGACGUGGACAUGGACGUGGACGUGGACAUGGAUGUGGACGUGGACGUGGUUGUGGACGUGGACGUGGACAUGGACGUGGACGUGGACGUAGAGGUGGAGGACUUGAACGUGGACUGGACGUGGACCUGGACGUGGACAGAUGGAGGACAUGAACGUGGACUGGACGUGGACGUGGACGUGGACGUGGACAUGGACCUGGACGUGGACGUGGACGUGGACGUGGACGUGGACAUGGACAUGGACGUGGACGGGGACAUGGACGUGGACGUCGAAGUGGACGUGGACAUGGAGGUGGACGUGGACGUGGACAUGGACGUGGACGUGGACAUGGACGAUGACAUGGACGUGGACGUGGACGUGGACGUGGACGUGGAGGUGGACGUGGACGUGGACAUGGACGUGGACGUGGACGUGGACAUUGUCCCGGCCCGCCCAGCAGCAGCCGAGCCGCCCAGCAGUAGCCGAGCCGCCCAGCAGCAGCCGGACCGCCCAGCAGCAGCCGAGCCGCCCAGCAGCAGCCGGACCGCCCAGCCGCAGCCGAGCCGCCCAGCAGCAGCCGAGCCGCCCAGCAGCAGCCGGACCGCCCAGCAGCGGCCGAGCCGCCCAGCAGCACCCGAGCCGCCCCACAGCUGCCGAGCUGCCCGGGAGUCGAUCCGCCUUUCUGCUGAGCUGCACGACUUGCCCUGCCUGGUGAGCACAGUCCCUCUGUCACUGCGCCCUCUUUCCCUACUGCUUGCACUGCUUCGCUGUCGUCAUCAUGGCCACCCCUAG